UCAUCCACAUCUUCUAAACCUUCUCAUCAUGGCAAUUUUCACUAAACCGAAGCUUUUAUUUCUCUUCUUCUUGAUCCUCUCUUUGUUCCUCGUAUCUCAAUGCGAUGACCAAAACCCUCGGGGCCAAGACCCGAGGCAAGAGCUUGAGAGUUGCUUGAGGCAAUGUCAGGUUCAGGGCGGUCGAGAAGAAAGCCCUGAACAACAACUCCAGUGUCAGAGGAGUUGUGUUUUGCGAUAUGAGAGGCAACAGAGAGAGAGGUCCGAGGAAGAACGACAACAUCGUGGCCACGAGACUGGAGAAGAUAAUCCAGGACGACAAGGUGAACCUGAGAGGAGACUCCGAGAGUGCCGACAGAGGUGCCAAAGACAAGAACAGGGUCAACAACAGAGACAGUGCCAACAAAGCUGUCGACAAGAGUACCGAAGAGAGCAAGAACAACAAGGCCGUGGCAUAGAAGAAGAGUCUAACCCACAAAGAGAAAGAGAAGAAGAGAACAAUCCAUACUUAUUCGAAUCCCAGAGGUUCCGAUCUCGAUUCAGAGCCAGGCAUGGUGAUUUCCGCGUCCUUGAGAAAUUCAGUGAAAGAUCUGAACUUCUCAGAGGAAUAGAAAAAUUCCGUGUCGCGGUCCUUGAAUUUGAGCCUCAGUCUUUCAUGCUUCCUCAUCACUGUGACGAUGAAGCCAUAUUUGUUGUGGUUAGAGGGCAAGGAACAAUUAGUAUAGCUGAACAAGAUGAGAAGAACUCCUUCAACUUGCAGCAUGGUGAUGUAAUCAGAGUGAAUGCUGGCUCAACUGUCUACUUGCUCAACAGAGAUAAUAAUGAAAGGUUCUUUAUUUACGUGCUAGCCAAGUCCAUCAAUGUCCCUGGCGAAUUCCAGGAAUACUUCAGUGCUGGAGGUGAAAAUCCAGAAACCUUCUACAGAGCAUUCAGCAGUGAUGUCCUGGAGGCUGCUUUCAAUACCCCAAGGGACAGGUUACAGAGGCUGUUUGGACAGCAAAAGCAGGGGAUAGUAAUCAAGGCAUCUGAAGAGCAAAUUAGAGCAAUAAGCGAACACGCUUCACGCUCCACUAAGCAAACUAAAGGUGAAACGCAAGGUCCUUUCAAUCUGCUGAAGGAACGCCCAUUGUUUGGUAGCAAAUUUGGACAGUUCUUUGAAGCAUCUCCAGAAAAGUUCGAGCAGUUGAGGGACUUGGAUACUGCUGUUGGUUUCAUGAACAUCAACCAAGGUGGAAUGGUACUACCAUUCUACAACACAAGGUCUACAAGGCUGGCAAUUGUUGUAGAAGGAACCGGUCGUUUUGAAAUGGCAUGUCCUCAUCUCGGUAGGCAAAGCCAGAGACAAGGCCGACGUUCUCGAGGAGAAAGAAGAGAACAAGAGCAAGAAGAAGAACAGGAGGAAGGCAAUGUCCAUUACCAAAAAGUGCGCGGUAAUCUAAACGUUGGUGAUGUUUUGGUAGUACCAGCAGGCCAUCCUAUUACCUUACUGGCCACCGGAAGCUCAAAUCUCAGGAUGGUUGCUUUUGGAAUCAAUGCUCGUAACAACAGAAAGAACUUCCUUGCAGGACAACAAAGCAUAUGGAGAAAUGUGGAAAGGGAGGCAAAAGAACUGUCAUUCAACCUGCCUGGAAAGGAGGUAGAGCAAAUAUUACAGAAGCAAGACCAGUCCUACUUUGUGGCAGGGCCAGAACAUCGCCAGCAACACAGGGAGAGAGGUGAAGAAGGAAGAAGGGGAGAACAACAGUAUUUAUCUUCAAUUUUGGACUUCGUUUUCUAAGUUGUAACAUAUGCACUAAGGCAUGCACUAGGAAUGAUGCAGCUGUGCCAAGCGUGAGAGCUAUGUGAGUAAAUAAGGAAAGGCUCCUAGCUAGAGUACUGAUAUAACACCAUCUAAAUAAAUGUGGUCCAA